AUGGCUACAUCGCCUAGCCCCCCGAGCGCAAAUGCGCCUCCCAUUCUCCGUUUGCCUGACGAAAUCCUCCUCAAGAUCUUGAAAUAUGCCUGUACCUCCACCGAAACGAUUCGACCAGAGCUCUGGCUACCUGGAUCCUCUCAAUUCGGCCAAUAUUAUAAAUGCAUCACCUUGAAUACGAGACAGACGUUUCGUUUCCCAGCCAGAGUUAAUGGCCGGCUGCCAGAAGCCUUGACUGCGAUUGAUCUCCUUUUCACCUGCAGGGCUUUCAACAACAUCGUUGAUGUCGAGAGCCUCUUCUACAGAUAUAACAACUUCGAGUUCUCUAACACUUUGUGCAUCCUGGACUACCUGAAAGCUUUACCGACGCGCCGCCGCAAAGCAAUUCGAAAUAUCAGCGUCAUGUGGGACUUUUAUCAUCCAGAUUCAGGAUUCCUUGCCCUUUCAACUUGCUCGGGACUCUGUAACUUGACAGUUGAUAUCACCCACCUGGCAGCUUUCUUCGAGAUCCCGCUGAAUUCCGACAUCCAUGUGGCUCCAGGUUACUCGCAAUUGGUCGCUCUACGUGGCCUCAAAUCCCUCACUCUGAUAUACAGUUCAGGUAGUACUUCGGCCUGGGAGAACACAACCUGGGAUCUCGUGGUCACUGUUCUCGAACGAGUCCGCGGCCUUCCGGCCACGGACCAAAACAAGCUUGACAUGCAGCUCGAGAUUACCGGAAUCGAGACCAUGAUCACUGAUUUAGUCCGACUUCCCCAACCAGCUGAUUACUUACCAUCUGCAGCUGGGUUGGCUCAAGCCUUCAGUCAUUCUACAGUUGUUGAUGGAGACUAUUUACUUACGCUCCCGCGAACCCUCUCUGUCCCACCUCAAGCCAGUCUUCAACCCCACUAG